UAAACUUAUAUGCCAGACAAAAUCUCUUAUAUCAUUUUGAUUAGUUUAUCCGACAAGGCAUCUGUAACAACAUAAUUCAGGAGCCAGGUAAUCAGGUUAGUCACCUUUAACCUUUGCCCUCGGUGGGUUUGACCUAUGAUUAUGCCGAACCGCCAUUUUUAACUGUGAGUGGUGUCAUUAUUUCUUUCAAAUUCGAGGCAAUUUCCAUCAUACAUCGGCUGUGUAUCAAAUCUGGGUAGUUUUGAAAUACAGUACUGACUCUGCAGCCGUGAGAAUCUGUGUCGUCGUGAAAACGUCGUGUAGUGCUUUGGAGCGUCAGUGCAUCUUGGGUUACGAGUUCGACCAACAUGACGACCAGAGCUGAAUCUCACCUGAAACAAGAGGAGGGAGAGAAUGGGCUUGGAGAGCUGGAUUCUCCGCGUACCCAUAAGUGUGGUGAGUGUGACAAGGAGUUUCGUUACCUGAGUUAUCUGAAGCGACACAUGCGGACUCACACUGGUGAGAAACCGUACAGAUGUGACAAGUGCAACAGACAGUUUAGUGAGCUCGGUAAGCUAAAGUCACACAUCCGGACUCACACUGGCGAGAAACCGUACGGCUGUGAGGAGUGCAACAGACAGUUCAGCGCCCUCAGUAAUCUGAAGACUCACAUGCGGACUCACACUGGUGAGAAACCGUACAGAUGUGAGGAGUGCAGCAAGCAGUUUAGCGAUUCGCGUGAUCUAAAAAGACAUCUUCGAACUCACACGGGUAAGAAACCGUACAAGUGUGGGGAGUGCAGCAAUCGGUUUAGUGAUUCGAGUGCUCUAAAUAGACAUGUGCGAACUCACACGGGUGAGAAACCGUACAGGUGUGAGGAGUGCAGCAAAUCGUUCUGUAGACUGUCUCAUCUCAAAAGCCACAUUCGGACUCACACAGGUGAGAAACCGUACAAGUGUGAGGAGUGCGGCUGGAAGUCCAGUGAGCUGGGUAGUCUAAAGAUACACAUGCGGACUCACACUGGUGAGAAACCGUACAGAUGUGAGGAGUGCAACAGACAGUUCAGCGCCCUCAGUAGUCUGAAGAAACACAUACGGACUCACACUGGGGAGAAACCAUACGGUUGUCAAGAGUGCAGCAGGCAGUUUAGUCAGCCUCAAGAUCUAAAGAGACACAUGCGGACUCACACUGGUGAGAAACCGUACAGCUGUGAGGAGUGCAGCAAGCAGUUCAGUCAGCUGGGUAAUCUAAAGAGACACAUUCAAACCCACACUAGGGAGAAACCCUACAGGUGUGAGGAGUGCAGCAAGCAGUUUAGUGACUUGCAAACUCUAAAGGCACACUUGCGGACUCACACUGGCGAGAAACCUACCGAUGUGUACAUGUAAAGUUAACAAUAGCGAGGAUCUAAUAUCACGAUCGAUGCAAGCACAUGCCCCGUAGCCUGUUGAUUAGAGCUAGAAGCUUUAAAUGUCACUGUGUGAUAGUUAUGUUAUUCUGUUGCCAGUAUAUACAUGUACAGUUUUUCUGUCAGUAGAAUUCCCUCUACACAAGGUUAACUGUAAAGUUAACAAUAGAAGUGGUUUUAUAUCACAAUCAAUGCAAACAUAUGCCAACUACAUGUAGUUAUAUAUUGAUAUACUGUAUUUUUUUAAUUUAGAUAUAGUUACAGUGUUACAUGUUAUAGUGAAUCUAAAUGUUGUUUGUUUUCCUAGUGUUCUGCCAGGUAGCUGUAGUUGUUAGAGAUUUGCCAACUUUCUGUAUCUCGAUUCAACAAUAAAAAUCGCCCAGGCGUAGUAUGUGUCGUUGUAUUUGUUUCAUUGCGUACCGGACCGGUUUUAAUUGCAGCAUA